GAUGCAGCUUAUACACUUGUGUGCUGCUUCUGCAGUUUUACAACUAAAACUUCUGAGAACACUGUGAACGGUUUGACUUGAAGCGAUCUCUGGAAUGCACGUUUAAAAUGCAGAUCAGUUCAAGCUGUACAAUCCUCUCCAUGUUAGUAUUAAAUAUUUUGUGUACAGGCCAUGGAAAUGAGGACUGGAGUAUCACAUUCAAUCCACCAGAAAUGAUUGCAGUUCCAGGAUUAUGUGCUCUGAUUUCAUGUACCUUCACCUAUCCAAAUGAAGCGAAACCUAUUGAUACUGUUCAGUGGAGAGUGUGUCAUAAAAAUAGUCAAUGUAAAAUUGUAAUUUCAAGUAUUUUCAAGGGGAAAGUGAAUACACAAAAAAAAAAAACUCACACAGACCGGAUUAAGAUGCUUGAACCUGAUCUGACCAAAAACAACUGCAGCAUCAUCAUGAAAGACAUACAAGCAGAAGAUGAAAAUGAAUAUGCAUUCAGAGUGGAGGGGCAGCUUUCACAUAAAAUGACGUAUAAAUCCACAGUUAAAAUCAUAAUUCAAGACGAGCCUAUAAUGAAUAUUCCUCCUCUCAGCGAAGGAGUGAAAGCCAGUCUGACAUGUUCAGCUCCUUUUCCUUGCCCCGAAACUCCACCUGAAAUAACAUGGUGGAUCAAGACAGGAGAAAAUAUCACCAAUCUCGAGAAUGACAACAUCACUUUGAUCCCCUCCAGAAGCCUUUACCUCUCAACUUUGCCCUUGACUCCAACCUCUAAAAUGCACAAUGCCACUGUAGGAUGUGACGUGAGCUAUGGAAACAAAACCAUCAGUACCAGUAGGACCCUAGAAGUAAUGUAUGUACAGACUCUUCAAAUUCUGGGCGAUGACAAAGUAAUGGAAGGUGACACUCUCCGCCUGAACUGCACUGUUGAGAGUCACCCACCGUCCUCUGAUCCUGUAUGGAGUUUCAAUGAAACUGCAGAUAAUAUCAGGAACCACACGUCUGCAGAAAAUCUCAUGAUUACCAAUGUGAGAAAGGAGCAUGCUGGGAUAUAUGUCUGUGAGAUGACUUAUAUGAAGGAGACUUUGAAUGCAUCCAUCACUAUCAAUGUAAUUCAUGUACAGACUCUUCAAAUUCUGGGCGAUGACAAAGUAAUGGAAGGUGACACUCUCCGCCUGAACUGCACUGUUGAGAGUCACCCACCGUCCUCUGAUCCUGUAUGGAGUUUCAAUGAAACUGCAGAUAAUAUCAGGAACCACACGUCUGCAGAAAAUCUCAUGAUUACCAAUGUGAGAAAGGAGCAUGCUGGGAUAUAUGUCUGUGAGAUGACUUAUAUGAAGGAGACUUUGAAUGCAUCCAUCACUAUCAAUGUCAUUCGUGACACACAUAAAUUGAAAAUAAACGAGUCCUUCACUCCCGGAGUUGAAAACUUGCUUGGCAAAGACGAUCUGGUUAAUUCCACCGAAAAGCCUACAGGUAUAGAAGGUUUAUUGAAGAAAUUGGACAUCUCAACGAUAGUCACAUUUGUGGCAGGAAUGGCAUGUUCAGCAAUCAUCUUCUCAAUGAUUUUGUGUUGUUGGGUGUCUUGCCACAGAGGCAAAAGACACAAAGUGCUGACAGAAAAUCCGGACACUGACAUCAAUUUGGAGACAGUUCAGACAGAUGUAGCUCAGAGUGGAACCAAUGAACAGACACCUCUUCAUGGACAGCUUGAUGGAGGGACCACAGACACAGCAGCACCAACAGAUGGAGCACAGGACGGUGAAGCAGUCGAGAUGCAAGCAGGAGAGGUGGACUACGCCAGCAUCGACUACUCCCUUCUAAAGAACAGACCGCCUGAAGAGGGAGAGAUGGAACCUACAGACACAGACUACGCUGAGAUCAAGAGGGACAAGAUAGGAGAUGGGAAGCAAAGGGAGGCCCUUCAGGAUGGAGAUGACCAGAUUGAAACACCCAACCAGAAAUGGAUGGAGGGAGAGGAAGAACUUUAUUCUAAUUCUCAGAUGCUUAAAAGUUAAGGAGCUAAAAGUCGUAACUACACACAACAACAUUUCGUUUUGUAAGGUCAGAUGUUUAAGA